CGUCGCGACGCACUUCGACGACGAAGUCGAACCGACUCGGAGAGUGCGAAGCCGACAACGACGAGCGACAUACACGUUACGCGCUCGAGAUCACUUCAUUACAAAACGAACGAACGAUUCAUCUGACACGCGAACUUUCGUUGAUAUUUAGAGACAUUACUUGCCGAAGAUUCUUUUUUGUCCCAAGCUCCUCACCGAACGGAACAGAAGCGCAAUGGGUAGCAGAAGCGGAAUGUAUGCCAGCAUGUUGGUUAUGGUGGCAAUAACGGUGUGCUACGCUGCGCCAUCGUUCAAGCCGAAAUCCGAGUGGCCGAUACGCCACAACGGAGAGGAAGCCCCGGCGAUUCUCACAUCGAAUUGCGAUCCUGCGAUCGGACGAUGCUGGGAGUGGCUGCCACUUGACGACAGGCGCCACGACGAGUACGCCGUCAAGCGAGAUGCCGAGUUCAACAGGGGACAACCGAUUCGCACCAGAGCCGUCGAUCGAGUAACGGCUGAUUCUUGGCCGCGAGCUACGACGUCGGCUUACGGACGACCUGCUAAGAAGGACAUGUUCAUGUCAAGAGGAUGGGGUGCCGGUGGCAUGCCCUUCUCCGUUCUCUACAUGAGUCCAAGAGCUAACCAUCACGCAGCUAGCACGGCGCAAGCAAAGGCACACAAGAAUCACGAUCCAACGAGAAAGCACAAAGAAUCGUCGCCGCCAUUGCCACUGACGAGUCAACAGCAGCAGCAGCAACAACAUCAACAGUCGAAUUAUCGAGUAUCUUUACGAAACGGCAUUCACGGCUCGCAACCACGACGUCAAUACUCGAUAAUCCCUCAGCUAUUCAUAUCGUAUGGUUGGGGCCCGUCAGGCAAGUAAAGCGAUUCCAUUCCCUUAUCUAACGAGACCUAACGAGAGAUUGCCAUCCCCUAAUCUCUGGCCUGGCUUUACCCCAAGUUAAGUGUCUACGCGUCCCACAUUGGCUCUUAUCCUAACCCUGAUCCCAAUGACCAAGCCAGGUUGCCAGGCGCACAUUUUUUAUGAAUUUGAACUAUAUCUUGACGUGAGCAGUACAAAUAAAUUUUUCGAGUACUUUCUCCAACGAAUCAAUUAAGUAUCAACGAAGAAGACUAACAGAUGCUGCGCUUGCUCCCUGACUCGGCCAUAACGUCGAUAUUCUUAUUUUUAUUUACUCUCUCUCUCUCUCUUUCUCUCUUUUCCUUUCUUAACAGCGACAAACAAAUCAGUUUGAAUGUAAUGUAUUGUAUGAUUAGCGACUAUUAGGCUACAUCGUACUCGUACGCUAUUGUUAGAAACACUGGGGACGUGUUAAUUAUUAAAUACAUUAUUUAUUUUUUUAAAAAUGCGAAUUUCAGAAUUCUGUUCCAAAUAUACAUAUAUAUACAUAUACAUCGUAUAUAUUUACUAGACUGCUAAAAAGUUAUUUUCAACGUUUUGGACCAUGAAAUUGUCGCGUGGCUUUUAAAUGUUUAGAUAUUUGAUUCUAUUAUUAAACGUUCAGUAUUAUUCGCCUAAAUGCCUAGAUAUAUAAGACUAAUGACGAUUUAACAAUCAAAUUACAAGUACAAAAAAAAACGAUUAAGCUCGAAGUAAUUUGAUGUUUCAAGACGUUGGGAUUAUUUGAGUUGCUAUGUAAGUGAAAAAUGUUCGCGGUAUAUGAGAAAUACUGUGUCAUGAGUUAGUAGAUAGUUCAAACGAAUGCAACCAUUGUACUUAAUUCCUUAUUAUUGAUUCAUGAAAAUAAAAAAUAAAACAUAAAAAAAAGACAAAAAUAUAAAAACAAAAGAACAAAUGAAAAAAGUUGCAUGGAAAUAAAUGAAGUACGAAAAACGAACAAGUUGCGCAAACUUGCACUUGCGUCCUCUCUUAUUGAUAGUAAAAAAAGAAAAUAAAGCAUUAUUUUGAAGAGUUAAAAUAAAAAAAAAUAUAUUGA